UCGACACCCCCGCUAUGGGAUCGGGUGGACGCAUCGGAGAGCUUUGGACUCCCGAAGAGAGACACUGCUUCUACCUCCUCCAGCGAAUCCCGUCUCAACCUGUGGCCACUUCCUCCGCCGCCGCCUCUUCGCUCCUCAAAAUCCAAGCCUUCCUCCUCCGACGCGGCACCCUCCACGCCAACCUCUCACUCUUCACCCGCCUCAUCUCCGCCUUCUCUGACCUCGCCGCUCCCGCCUCUCCCCUCGUCGCUGCCGCCCUCCUACGCCACGCCCGCCGCCUGUUCGACUGCCGCCCCUCCCAGGACGCCUUCCUCUGCGGUUCCUUCAUCCGGGCCCUCGUGCGCAACCGCCUCUUCCGCGAGUCAAUCUUCCUCUACAGGGAUCUGUUGAGGCACCCGCCUUCCCCUGUCGAGCCUCCCUUCUCCCCCGACGGCUACACCUUUCCCUUGCUCCUCAAGGCCUGUGCCGCCCUCUCCGGCGACCCAUCGGAACAUAGAGAAGGGCCUCAACUCCACUCACACGUUAUCAAGACGGGAUUUUGCGGCCAUGCCUUCUCGUCCACCGGAUUGGUCGACAUGUACGCAAAAACCAGCGACAUGACAUCUGCGAGGAAGGUGUUUGAUGAUAUGCCGCUGAAGAGUCUGGCAUCGUGGACCUCGAUGGCCAUCGGUUACGCAAGGGGUGGCGAAGCAGGUGCUGCCAUGGAAUUGUUUCAGUUGAUGCCCGAGAAGGACACGGCAGCCUUCAAUGCGAUGAUCGAUGUUUUCGUGAAGAAAGGCCACAUGGCUUCCGCCAGGCGACUGUUCGACGAGAUGAGUGAUCGAAACGUCGUUUCUUGGACCAGCUUGAUCUCAGGGUAUUGCAAGGUCGGGGACAUGGAGGCAGCCAGCGUACUGUUCGAUGUAAUGCCAGAGAAGAAUCUCUACUCCUGGAACGUGAUGAUUGGUGGGCAUUGCCAGAACAGACAGCCCCAUCAGGCACUGGAAUUAUUUCGGGAGCUGCAGUCCACUUGCUGCCUUCCUCAACCCGACAAUGUGACCCUCGUCAGUGUUCUCCCUGCAGUAGCUGAUCUGGGCGCGAUUGAUCUCGGUAGGUGGAUCCACAGCUACGCUCGAAGAAAAGGGCUGGAUCAGGUGAUCACCGUUUCUAUCGGACUAGUCGACAUGUAUGCUAAAUGUGGGGAUGUCUGCGAGGCGAGACGAGUCUUCGACGCCAUGCCGAUCAAGGAUACAGCCGCGUGGAACGCCAUGAUCAAUGGGCUUGCCGUGAAUGGUCGAGCGAAGGCGGCGUUAGCUGUGUUCACAGAGAUGCGGAGAGCCGGGGUCUGCCCGAACGAGGUGACAAUGAUCGGGGUUUUGUCCGCUUGCAGCCACGGUGGGCUGGUCGAGGAAGGUCGGAGGUGGUUCAAUGAGAUGGAGGCACUCCAUGUCGAGCGCAGGGUCGAGCACUACGGCUGCAUGCUCGACUUACUGGGACGAAGUGGGCGUCUUGGGGAAGCCGAGACGCUGCUCGAAGAAAUGCCCUGCGGUCCUAACGGGAUAGUCUUGAGCUCUUUGCUCUUCGCCUGUGGGCGCCAUGGGGAUAUGGAGAGGGCCGAGAGAGCCAUGCGGAGGGCAAGUGCGGUUGAGCCUGGCAACUGGAGGAACUACGUCGUGAUGAGGAAUCUGUACGCAAGGAAGAAGAAAUGGAGGGACGUGGAGAGGAUGCAGGAAGCCGUGAGGUACCAUGGGGGCAAGAGGGAGGCAGGAUGUAGUGUGGUUGAGGUUGGCCACAGGGCUUGGGAGUUCGUAUCAGGCGACAGAGUUCACCCUCAGAGCCAGUCCAUAUACGAGCUGCUUGAUGAAUUGCUGCAGCAGAUCAAAGGGCAAGGGGAGGAGGAGGAAGACAGGUUAAUCCUCGCAAGCGAAGUCCAAAGCACAUCUGUCGCUGUGAGUUGAGCCACAACAUGCUGGCAAUUGGAGUUCAUCGCAGUCUAUAUGAGUCCACAGCCUGUAAUUCCCAGCACCAUCACUCAAUUACUUGAUUGCUUCAUCCCAGCAAGGAGGACGGAGACUCUUAAAUUUACAGCUCCAACAUAGGAAAUU